UCUCUGUUGAAAUUAACAUUAUUGACAUUGAUAACUAAGAAUAAAUGCACGUUUCGUUUUGCAUUCAAAGUAUUGCCUUAUCGAACAUGUUCAAUAUUUUUAUUGCCUUUGUACUUUUGGGGAUAAAAAUUCACGUCGUUUCGUGCAAACCCGCAGGGAAUGAUUUGAUUGAUAAAUCCGUGUCGUGUUUACCGUUGAUGCCAGCAUUGGAAAGCAAUGAUACCAAAACGCAGAACAUGCAUAUGGGUGGUGACAAUCACUUCCACGCUGCGCAUCAGACAUUCUAUUUGAUCGGACAUUCGGUGUGUAAGAACUCGAUGGAGUUAAACAGUCCGGAAGGAUCCUGUGCCUGUGGAGAGGGGCGAUCUAUGCGGCCGCACGUUGUGUCGUUAAAACUUCAUCUUCAGACGGUAACGUGGAAUCAGGCAAGAAAAAUUUGCAUCGAGGAAGGAGGACACCUGGCGAUAAUCAGAACGGACGAAGAGGAGAAAAUAGUACUGCAGAUGAUGACCGAUAAAUCGGUCGAUACUGCGUGGCUAGGACUGCACGAUGUAUUUGAAAAUGGCGUUUGGAUUUCCAUCUUCGAUGAGCCUGUCGACCAUAUCGGUUGGUCCAAGUGGUCCACCAGAUUUUCUCCCAACCCAUCGUCUGACCAUUGCGCAACCAUCUUGAGAACUGAUGGUGCCAUGACCGAUCAUGAUUGUGCAUCGAGAAUCCCCUUCGUCUGCAAAGCUUCAAUUACGUAGAAGAUCCCAGCUAAUUUAUAGUGGAAGUUAUAAAAAUCGCAGUUAAAACGUAACUUUUACUUUUUAUAUGAUUUUAUCCUGGUUAAUUAUGGGUGCCAAUUGUAUUAAUUUUUAUUCAUACUUCACUGAGAAUUAUCGAUCAUAAAUGAAUAUGGAUCUGACGAUCAAACGAAUGGUAGUAUCGGUAAGGAAUCAGUAAGAGAGAAUCAGAGGGGGGUGAUGUCGGGGGCUAGGAAGAAGCUUGAAAGGUCGCAAUAAAAAUAGACUAACCCAAAACGUUCAGAAUCUUCACCCGAGUUAAUUCGUGAUAAAUAUCAGAUCAAAAUUGCUCAAUAAAAAUGGACGUAGCGAUGUGCCACGUCGUAACAAAAAUUCUGGGGUAAAGUUGACCCCAUGAUGGAAAUGUUUGAGGACUAUACGCAAUAUGAAAAAACUGCACAAAAUAAGAUACAGAAAAAUAAUCAUAUUUGUGAGUUCGGGGAAAGAUGUGACC